GUCAUUCCUAAAACGUCAGUGUUUUUAUGAUGUUCGUGGUUUGAUCUUGUUGUUGAUGGAAAAUAUAACUUUUGUUAGCCAUUUUUCGUGAAAAUAGUGAUGUGAAUAAAUAAAAUUGUCCCCAAAUAAAUUAUCUACUAUGCCGUUAGCAAACUCAGCGGAACCAUGGCAAAUUCAUCACGCCGAUUCAGAGUCACAAUCUGGAGAUGCUGAAGAACAGAAUUCCACAGAAGAAUCAGGUCUCAAUGAAGGAGAACAUGAAAUUGAACUUGGAGAACUGGUCAGAAACGGUCAUGAUAAAGCGGACCCCUCCCAGUUUGAAUUGCUCAAAGUCCUGGGAGAAGGGUCCUUUGGAAAAGUAUUCCUUGCCAGAAAAGUGGUCGGAGCCGAUGCUGGGACUCUCUACGCCAUGAAGGUAUUGAAAAAAGCGACUCUAAGAGUCAGAGAUCGACAUAGAACUAAAAUGGAGAGGAACAUAUUGGUAGAUGUGGAACAUCCAUUUAUAGUUAAAUUACACUACGCUUUUCAAACUGAAGGGAAGCUUUAUUUGGUGUUGGAUUUUCUUAGAGGUGGAGAUUUGUUUUCUAGGUUGAGCAAAGAGGUUAUGUUCACAGAAGAAGACGUCAAAUUCUAUUUAGCCGAGCUAGCGCUGGCUUUGAACCACCUUCACACUCUCGGCAUCAUUUACAGGGAUCUGAAACCGGAAAACGUAUUGUUAGAUUCGGACGGACAUAUAGCAUUGACCGAUUUUGGGCUGUCAAAGUUACCGCUAGAGGAAGGAAAAGCGUACAGCUUUUGCGGCACCGUGGAAUACAUGGCACCGGAGGUUGUCAACCGUAAAGGGCAUACUUUCGCCGCCGAUUGGUGGUCGUUCGGCGUUCUGAUGUACGAAAUGCUUACCGGUACACUUCCGUUUCAAGGUUCGAAUCGUAGAGAUACCAUGAAUCAAAUUCUCAAAGCCAAAUUGGGCAUGCCGUCCAAUCUGAGCCCAGAAGCGCAGGGGUUGCUGAGGGUGUUGUUCAAAAGGAAUCCGGCUAACAGGUUGUGUUCAGGACCAGGUGGAAUCGAUGACUUAAAAAACCACGAAUUCUUCGCCACCAUCGAUUUCGACGCCCUUUUAAGUCGGAAAAUACGACCCCCGUUUCAACCGGCCGUUUGCGGCCCCGAAGACGCUUACUUCGAUUCGGAAUUCACCAGUAAAACUCCCAGAGAUUCACCGGGCGUGCCUGCGAGUGCCAAUGCGCACGAGCUAUUUAGAGGAUUUAGUUUUAUAGCGCCGUGUUUGUUGGAGAACGGCAAUUUGCCGAAGAAAACCGAAACGCCAUUGAAUAAUUCUGUGAGAACCAUCGAUAGGAACUUUUUCGACGAUUAUAUCUUGUUGGAUGUGAUCGGUGGAGGUAGUUAUAGCGUUUGUAAGUUAGCUAGACAUAAAACUACCGGUCAGCAGUAUGCAGUUAAGAUAGUGGAUAAAUCCCUAUGCGGUUGCAGAGAAGAAGUGGAAAUUUUAUUGAGAUAUGGAAAGCAUCCUGGUAUCGUUACAUUAAAAACCGUCUACGAAGAUACGAACAAAAUCUAUUUGGUGCUUCAACUGCUCAAAGGGGGUGAUUUGUUGGAUUACAUGAACGCAAAGAAAGCAUUAUCGGAAUUCGAAUCAGCUGCCAUCUUAAAAUCGCUAGCAUCGACGAUAGCGUAUUUGCACGAUAACGGAGUCGUCCACAGGGAUCUGAAACCCGCUAAUAUUCUUUUCGCCUCCGAAGAUUUAACCCCCGAAAGUGUUACAAUCUGUGAUAUGGGUUUUGCCAAACAGUUGAGAGCGGAAAACGGCCUCUUGAUGACUCCCUGUUACACGGCCAAUUACGUGGCGCCCGAAGUGUUGAAACGACAAGGGUACGACGCCGCGUGCGAUAUCUGGUCGUUAGGCGUCAUCCUCUACAUCAUGAUGUCGGGCAGAUGCCCGUUUAGUACGACGUCCAACGACAGUCCGCAGAAGAUAUUGCAGAGGAUCAGUUCGGGCAAAAUAGAUUUACAGAUUGGCAAACUAUCUGAAGUGAGUACCGAAGCGAAACUCCUCGUGUCCGACAUGUUACAUAUUUUACCAGAACGACGACCGACCGCCGCUCAAAUCAUGAAACAUCCGUGGGUGAAACGCGCGUCCACUUUGCACCACCAACACCGCAAAAAACAACCCCAAACGCCAGAGGAUGGGACAACCGUUACAAACGAACCGCAUCUAAAGGAAGCUGUUGCUGCCACGUUUAGGGCGAUCGCGACAUCACCGCAAAUCGCUCAUCUCGGGCCUGUGGCGAUGUCCGAAUUGGCUAGACGUAGAUUCAGAAACAAAGCUCUGAAUCUGCUGAGAGAGCAUUCGAGAAAGGAUGAUUGAGUCACAGCCGAUCCGAAACCUAAGGUUUACCGUUUUGAAUAGUAGUAACAGUAAUUUUUUUCAUUUCGGUACAAAAGUGAUAUCACAUAAUUUUUUUUCAUAACGUGUUCUAAUGUGAUAAAUACAUAACAAAGGUACGAAAGGAUGUCCAAUGCGGGAGUAUCAUUAGAUUUAGUGGUUAAUAACUAAUUGAAAACGUAGAAAAGCUUUUUUGUUAGUUAAAAUAGUUGUUUAAAAGAAAUUUAUGCAUGGAAAUGAAACAAGAUCAAAUAUUUUUCCAAUGGAUGCCUGUUUUACAAUUUUCCUAAAUAAUCAUGUCAUAAAUAGUUUAAAAAUUGUUUUCUUAUUUUGGAAACAUAAUUAAAAAAUUAGAUAGAAGUUUGUGGCUUCUUUAAAAAUAUACAUAGAUCUAUUUUCUAUCACUGUAUGAUAUAUUUAUACAUACAUUUAUUUUUAUAACAUUUUUAAUUUUAAAAUUAUUGUUAGCUAAAAAAAACAAUCAUUUUGCGACACAGUUACUGUUAUAGUAAACUACUUUGGUUGGUAAAAUUAACACGUAUUUUAAAGCUAUAUUCGUCGUAGGCUCUUUCCAAUAGAGGGAUUCUAUACUAGGCCAAUAUAACCAAUUUGACGAAAUAAAAUUGACAAUAAUGACAUCAAAAAUCGGAUCGCAUAGAGGAUUUGUUCAUUUAUUUGUUUUUUAUUUAUAUUUAUGCCGUUUACAUACCUUGUUUUACCAGUAAAUUAAAAAUACUUUAGUUUAAGGUAAUUUAAAUUUAACACGUUGACUGCGAAGCUAAAUUUGAAUAGCAUUUCUAAUUUGAAACACAUGCCUUAUAUAAUAAUAUUAGUAAUAAUGAGAUCUUUAUUUUUAAAUCCUCUAUGAAGAAGAUGUGUUUUAUGAUUAGAUUUCAAGGGGUCCAAAUUUAAAUCACCCAAUAACAUUAUUUCAUCUGAUUUAGGUAACAUACCAACAAUAUAGCUUUCUAGUACCUCCAAAUAAGAGCUAAUAUUGACUGACCCUAAUUAAAUUUGCAAUAUAUCUCUAAUCUUUAUAUUUUCUUUGUAUAGAAUUCCUUUAUUUGUUUGUUCUGUCUUUAUGUUAAACAUAGCCUUACUCUAGUCAAUAAUAUAACUUGAUAAUCACAAUUUUUUGUUGUCUGUAGGUCGUACUCGAGACCAUUAACGAUAAGAUAAAACAAUCAUUAUAGAGACUCGAAUCAUGUUAUAAUAAUAUUUUCCAUGUAAAGAAACGACGUUUUCAAACCAGUGGCGGCCUUUGACCAAAAUAUUGGGGGUCACAAUAACAGAUUUAGGUAAAAAACUUUCAGUGUUUAUAUUAUACUAUAAAAUACUGAGAGGUGUUUACCUAAAUCUGUACUAAGAUUUAUAUUGUGUUAAUGUAAACCCCCAAUAUUUUGGCGACAUGCCGCCACUGUUUUAAACCUUAAUGUACAUCACUCUAAUCACUGAUUAUACUUACAUAUAAAUUAAACAGUAGGCAGUCUUUAUAAUUUACGAAUUUCAAAUCGACUGACAAGUCGUAGUUCCAGUUGUACCACCCUGCUUUAGCACAGAGAUUAUUAUGUGCGUACUCGACAUGAUACGUAUCAAAUAGAGAGAAAUAUCGAAUGACAAUCCCACUGCAUGGCACAAACACAAAAUAACUAUUUUUAAUUAAAAGAUAGUUUGUAAAUUCCCAUUGAUAAAAACAAGCCAAUUGAUUUGAUAUUCACGUUAUAGAAAGCCAAAUCCUCCUAAAUACCUUUUGUACCUUAUUGUAGUGUAUUCGUAUGGUCGGUUUUUGGAUUCCUAAUUAAGAGGCCAGUCGGUUAAAUCAACUUAGGUGUUAGAAGAUAUUGUAUUUUUCUGUAAAUUAUGCGAUGUAUCAAAUUCUAAAUACAGCAGGGUUGUUUUUAACUCGACAUAUAUGUUGAAUAAAUUCGUUAAUAUAUUAUUAUAUUUUUGUUUAUUUAUAGGUUCCUUUUUUUUAGCCGGAACUGUAAUUAUUUUGUUUUAGAUUUAUGAUUUAUUAUAUUAUAGAUAUAUUUUUAAUUGUAUUUACCUGGAAUAAUUUUCAUACAUGUACAGGACCUCGUCACUUUCUUUACGACAAAAUAUUGCACAGUACACAUUUCUUAUAGAGAGAACCACAUCAUUUUUUUGAGUAAUUAAAAACCCUGUACUAGUGAAUUGUUUUUUGGGAAAAGCAAUACCACCAAAAAGUACUUUUUAUGUAUUUUUACACACUGUUUUCAGUUCUGUUUAUAUUUUACUGUCUUAUUACUUGUCUUGGUGUAGAUAUUAGAUAAAAUGUAUCACGAAGAUAUGUACAUACUCACUCUAAGUAUUAUUUACUGUAUAUGUAUGAAAAUGGUUCUAUAUGAAGAGCGUUUUUUCUGAAUAUAAGCAAAAAAUUAUGUAGAAAAAUCUUUCUCGAUCUUAAUCGCAUUACAUCAUUAGUUUUUAUUUAAGAUUAUUAUUAUUUAUAUCUGUAGUGUUAAAAUAGUUUAAAGAACAAAGUGAUCUAUUUAAAAUCCUAUCCACUUUGGUGGGGGUGAAACGUCAAACGUCAAUUUAAAUGUUUAAAACAGAUGUUGCCAUAACUGUACGUACAUUCCUCGAGUAUAUGGAGACAUGAAUUUGGGAUCUAAAUGCACUGUAAAAAACACUGUUGUUUGCGUUUUCUAUUUCAAUAAACACCUUUAUUAGAGUGAUUGUACUGUAUCAAUUUUUCUGACUCAAAAAUAAUAGUCUAGGGAUCUAUUUUCAUGUCUCCGUUAUUUCAUAUUGUUGUUUAAGUGGAAUUGUGCAUAUCAGUGUUUUAGGUUUAAGUAUUGUAUUAAAGAAAGGGGCUUAUCAGUUUUUAUUCAAUAACCAAUUAAAAAAAAAGAGGUUUUGUGAUAGUAAGAAUAUGCCAAAACUGAAAAAUGCCAUGUCAUCCAGUAGGAAGCCUAAUGCUUUGUUAAGUUAUAUUGCACCUUUGUGCAGAUCUUCGAAAGCUUGAUAAAUAAGAGCCAUACUAAGUGAAUCUCCAUGAUGUAGAACAGAAAAAUAUGUAUCCAAAGAAUCAAGAAUAAACUCAGCUCCUUCUUCUCGCAAAGAUAAUCUACAACCCUUUGAUUCAUUGGGAAUAUCUUUCUGUACUGACACAUUUCUAACGUAGUAAUCAUUGUUUACACUACUUUUUAAUAAAUCUUCCGUUUGUCGAGGUAUUAAGAACGUAAAAUGAGCCAUUUUAGUAUAUUCAAUUUGUGGAAAACAGUGCCCGGCACAUGCCCACAAAAUCGAUACCAAUACACAACACAAACGCGGGCAGAAUAUAUUUCAACAAAUAAUUACACGUUUGAAUCUAAAAUUGAACCAAACUAAAAGAAACUAACGAGAGCACAUGGAAGAAAGAAUAAGAUCAUAAAAACUAAAAACCGUCUAAAAACAAACAAAAAACCAACUAUGUAUUUUUAUAUAAACUGUCUUGCGACAAUCAGAAUGUUUGAAAAGUGAUUAACAGUGCCAAAAGAAUAAUUAAUCAGAGUUGUAUAUUAAUAGAUUUUUCUAGAAUUUUGAACUAGGCCAAAAUAAUUAUUUGUAGAAUAAUCAGAAUAGUAAAUUUGAAGUUAUACGAAGUCAGCUAGACAUUGCCAAUUUAAAAAACAAAAAUUUGUAUAAGUAUUUUUAGUACAUUAAGGAAAUAUUUAUGACACUAACACAGUUCUGCAUACUUCCGAAAUUAGCUUCAAUGGGUGUAAUUUUGUUAAAUUUUGACCUCUAUAAAUAAGUAGUUAGAAUAUAUUAUUAUCAAUGCGUUUCGUUUUGUAAAAAUUGAUUAUUUUGUAAUGUAAAUAAAUUGCUGAUGUCCCUUUCUUUAAUACUGAAAUAUGUAGACUCGUGUAUAUUUUUUCACUUCUUGUUGUAUUUAUGUAACUGUUUUUAUCUGUACAUAAUUUGUCGCUUCGUACUCAGUGUUGACAAUAAAAUGAUGGGUUUUUUUUUAACAAUUCAAAUUUCAACUGUAUAUUUUAUGUUCAAAUUCAGUCUGAAAAUUGGUACCUACCACUGCUUUUUGGCUUUUCUCUGUGCUACGUACGUAUUAAAAUUGUUUAUUUGUAUUUAAAAUAAAUAUAACAAUUUUUUGUUUAAUUUAGUAUUUUUCUCAAUUAUCCUAC